GCUGGGGUCAAGCGAGGUCAGGGGUAAAGCGUCAUUAGAUACUGUUUUCGAAAUGGGCAAAAAUGACUUUUGUGUUGCAUACGGCUGCAACCACCACCGUGCCUACGGGGCAACUUGUACAUUUUUCACAUUUCCCGAGGACCCAGAAUAUUUUCAAAGGUGGACCAAUGCUUGCAAACGAGAUGUUGUUUACGAAAGUGGCAAAAGAACGAAGUGGACGCCAUCAGAAUACCAGAAGCUUUGUAGUUGUCACUUUGAAAACGACCGGUGCCCGGACCCAAAAUCAAGAAAACCGGGGAACAAAAUUCCCACGAUAUUUUCACACAAGGAAAAACCAAAGAGAAGGCGUCCAAAUAAACUGAUGAUCAGAUCACAUGAUAAGCUACAGGAACCAUCACCAACUGCAUCUUCUUUUUCUGAAAGUACAGCUUCAGUUGACACUGUUUCAGAGACUACCAAUCAGCAUGAAUCUCUCCAAGAGUCAUUGAGAGUUGUUGAAGCACCAGAGAGGAAUGGUCAUGAUUAUUUACAAACACUGUCUGACAGGAAGAGUUUCCAGAAUUUUGAAGAUCUAAGUUCAAGUGACCCUGAUUUCACUUAAAUUUUCAAUUCAAUUCAAAAAGACUCUAAGAUUUACCAAGAAAUGUGUUCCAAAAAUCAGAUCUUCAAAAUGGAAAUCAUACAGCAAAAUAAGCAUUUAUUUAAUUUUUACACUGGCUUGGAUCUUGAUGUUUUUAACUCAUUAUUUACUAAUCUACAACGAAAAGCUUCAUCUAUGCAGUACUUCCAUGGUGAAAGAACAACAUAUGUCAAACCAUUUAAUCUGGAUGGCUAUGGUGUGAAGAGAAAGCCUGGUGUCACCAGGCAGCUUAGUCUACAAGAAGAAUUCUUCAGUGUUUUGUAUCGUGUACAGACAGGACAUUUGAAGAAUGUAGUUUUCGCUUUGGUGUGAGCUCCAGUCAGUUCUCCAGAAAUUUCACAACCUGGAUCAAUCUCUUAUCUAUGGAACUGGAACUUUUAUGUAAAAACGCAGAGCCAGAUGAAGAUGUUGGACUUGCAAGUUGCUUCAAACCAUUUCCAAACUUGAGAGUUAUUUUGGACUGUACAGAACUGUUCAGUGAAACACCUUCCAGUGUGGAGUACCAUAAACAGACUCACAGCAAUUAUAAACACCACUCUACAAUAAAAUUUCUAGUUGGGAUCCAUCCCUCAGGGGCUGUGACAUACAUCUCUAAAGCUUAUCCUGGAAAGUCGUCAGACAAACAGAUCACACAAGAAA